UUUAGAUGUUCUCAUAUACAUUGACCUUUCCCUGUGACAUAAAUUGAUAUUUGCCUUUAGUGUCCCUUUGCCAGUUGCCGCAACAGCAUUGUUGCUGUACACAAGACCCGUGAGCUAACAAGUUGCAACCAUCGAGCCACACAUUUUACAGGGUUGGUUUGCCAGUAAAACAACUACAGGGGGUGGCAUAUUGUUUAUCCCGGUAGUAAAAGGUUCAGAGGACAGAAGCAUUACCCCUCUUAAGCUACAGGCAUAAUUUACUAGCCUAAGCCUCUCCAUUACAAAGGCUUGUUAUCAGCGUAUCAUCCUGAAAAGAAAAACAACGCUAUUUUUAGAAUGAGUGAGUGCUUUUCCUGACAUCUUAUGGCGUUUUUCACUGGGAGAUCCGGAGCAGGUUUUUUUGCUCCGUGGCGACGAAUCUGAAUUUCACUGGUAGAAUCGGAGCGGGUCCGCGCGUUUCACUGGUAGUUUCAGAACAACUCGCUCCGAGGCGGAUUGCUCUCACUUGCUCCGCCGCCAAGUCGUGGAUUCAGCGGAUUCGGGCGGAAACACGACGGGCAGCAUACGUCACAUCCGUCAUUGUGCGUUCGCUGAUCGGCUCAGCUUCGCAAAAUGGCUGCAUUUGCUGCUGUGGUGGAACUUCUAUCUAGCGACGAGAGCAGUUCCAGCAGCAGCUCGUCCAGCUCAGACGAAGAAGACUGCGGAGAGACGCAGGUGCUGUACGAAGGCUUCUUUCGGGAAGCUUUCGCGGAGCCCCACCGCGAAUGUCCCAAGAUUGUCGGGUUUAUCGAGAACGUUGUGCGGCUGUACACAGACGAGGAGGUAAGCACGGAAGACCCUAUUUUCAUAAUACCAGAGAUACCUAAUUUUAUCUUUUUAUUAUUUGCUUCUCUGCAGUUCCGUCAAGACUUUAGGGUGUCGAGGUGUGUCGCGGAAACCUUGAUCCGUGGGUUUGAAGGCUCGCGUCACUACCCGUGCAGUGAUCGUGGUGGGUCCCCCUCGAAAACCGCGGAAGAGCACAUUCUGGUCUUCCUAUGGUUUGCCGCAAACAAGGCGUGCCUGAGGGACGUUGCUGGUCGCUUUGGGAUGGGAACUGCGACAGCAUUUAGAGUUGUGAAGCGCACACUCGAAUAUUUUGUGGACAUCGCAGAAGAAGUGAUAUCAUUUCCAGCAGACCUUGAUCAGCUGUCGGCGAACUUUCAACAAGUGUCAGGAGUGCCCAAUACGAUCGGGUGUAUCGAUGGAUCUUACAUCAGUAUCCGCUGCCCAGCAAAAAAGGUGCGUUCCACCUACGUAAACAGGCACAGUUACCUGUCCCUUACACUGCAAGCUGUGUGUGAUCACACAAAGAAGUUUCUCGAUGUGACUACUGGACACCCCAGCAAGAUUCACGACUCGAGAAUCUUCAACACAUCCAGGCUUGCUGCAAAGUUGCCUCGUGUGUGCUGUGCCGGGAAGUACCACGUUCUUGGAGACGCUGCCUACCCGCUUCGGGAUCACCUGAUAACUCCAUUUAGAAAUUAUGGUGGCCUCGAUGCAAGGCAGCGUGCCUUCAACUACCACUUCUCGGCAACGAGGGUGAAAAUUGAGAACGCGUUUGGAGAUCUCAAGGCCAGGUUCCGCCAGCUGCUACACUUGGACUUCCUGUUUGUGGACAAAAUGAACAAGUUUAUAAUAGCUUGUUGUGUUUUGCACAACAUGUGCGUUAAUUGUGGUGAUGUGGAUGUGCCACCCUACACCGAUGAUGGACAUGAAACGUGGGAAUGGGAGGCACAACCGGAUGACAUUCCCCCCAACAGUGGCCCUUUAGCAGCAACUGAAGCUGUGCUGCGUCGCCAAGGCGAGGAGAAGCGUGAGCGCUUAAUGCAAGCGAUGCACAUUUGAGUAGGAGUUGGGAACUUGCUUCGUGUAUUUAAAACAAGGAACUUUACAAAUAAGCAAUGUAAAUUUUGUAGCGUGUUGUCUUCCAAGGGCACAGCUUGAUUUUUUGCUUCUUUGCUUUGUGACAUGUAGCAAUUUCCACAUAGUGUGAGUCAACCCAAGCAGUUUGCAGGAAGUAAUCUGACUGCAUCAGUGUAAUUGUUUUCUGUGUGCAGCCAUGAGCAUGCAGAAUUAUUGUGGCAGAAGCAGGCUAGCUACGUAACCGGAAAGGCGGGAAAAAUGCUGGGCUUCAUUUGCAGAAAACCAUAAUCAGAAAAAUUUUUUCAAGCAGUAGACAGUCCCUUUAAGUCGACGUUGAUUGUUGAAAUAACGGUCCAGAAAUGUCGUAGUGCUACUUUUGUGCCAAGGAAGUGUUUAUUUUGAAAUAAAAUCGCGUUUUAGUGGUCCGCAUCGCGUUAGCGCACUUCAAAUCACCCGCCUGAAAGCGGUGUUUCUCACGUCACUGUUGCCGUGCCCAACGUUGCCUGCCUUUACUGCCGUUUUAGACGUUGUCAUACAUUGAGCUUUCACUCUGACAUAAAUUGUUAUUUGCCUUUAGUGUCCCUUUAAAGAAGGCAUUGAAAGCUGUCUAUUUUGAUUGUUUAUGUUCCUGAACAUUCAGUAAAUGCCCUGUCAACUGCUUGAAGACAUGCUGCUGUGUUUUACAUGCAAAUAAAUUGUACAGAAGAUGUGUGAAAUGAAACUUUUUACUUUGUAGUCUGCGUGUGUGCAGCGGAGUGUGGAAAGGAAGAACGAUUUAUAUGUUCUUAGCAUUCAAACCAAGUGUAGCUCAUAGGGGAUCAUUUUUUCUUGCCUCUUUUCGCUUUUUCACUUCUUUGCCUCUUCUUCCCGUUCUCUAGUAGCUUUUAUUCUGUGUUUUGGUUGCUCGCCAUCCUUCUGUCCAGUAGAUGGAGAAGGGCUCAGAGUCUCGGUGUUUCAGAGUGUUAAUUUGUUUUUGCUUAUGCUGUUGAUGUCUUUUGUGAGACCACACCAACAGAGCCUCUUACAAAAUCUGGUUCUGAACUGCUGGUGAGAAAUCACAUUUUUUCAAGCUCAUUUUCAUAUUCUGCAACUUGAAGAGAGUUCCCAGAUUUGUUGUUCACAACACAAACUGUUCUUUUUGUGCACAGUUUUGUAGCAUGUGCAGCAUUGGUCUGCACACGCUAUGAGCUGCAACGCAUGUGCAUUACUUAGCCUUAAAUUUUCACCUUCAAUGCGUAUUGUGCUUUAUUAACUUAUUAUAUACAAAAGAAAGGGCGUCUUAAGUGUUGCCAAAAUUGUGUUAAUUUUGUGCGCUUUAGUUAUGUAUGUCAGUGAUGAACAAUGAAUGCAGGUAUUUCUUUAAAGGGCCCUGCAACCUUUAUUGAGCAUCGCUGGGAAAGGUUGCCAGUCUAUAGUCGAGGCACCUAUGUACGUGAUGUCAAGGAAUGCUAUGCCUACAAUAAACAUGACAACGUAUUGUUAUAGCGCAGCUCAGUUUGAGCAUAAAGAAAAGAGGCUUCAGCGAAGAAGGAAACACAGGCGACAGGAUG